CAUCUAGAUUGAAGAUUCACCUCAGACUUCAGCAGCAUCACCUAGCCUCUUCAUUAAUCAAUCUUAAUUCCCUCAAAGCGUUUGAAACAUGCACUUUCAACCUACCUUGGUUGCCUCUCUGGCCAUCGCCCUCCCGGCCCUGGCCCUUCCCACAUCAUCUUCAGCUUCCCAGGCCAGUCUUCAAACUGCAGUGCCAGGGGAAUCUUCCCUCUUUGUGAACUAUCAGGGCAAGAACACCCCCCUCGCGGCAGAGUAUCUCCGAGCCAUCCCCGCGACAGGCUCAGGCCCUGCCGGGGCAGACGAUCUCCUCUUCCAAAACCUGCUCGCCGCCGAAUGGGCCAUCUACUCCUUCUACCAACUCGGGGCGGAGAUGUUCGACGCUUCCGACUUCCCUGACCCUUACCCCAAUACCACAUACGAGCGUCUUGUCCAGAUUCGCGAUAAUGAAGCCGGUCAUGUCCGCAUCUUCCAGGACCAGAUCUCCAACAACUCCGUCACGCCGGGCCCUUGUCAAUACAACUACAACGAGACCAUCCAGGGUGACCCUGUGAGCUAUCUCGCCUUGCAGGUCUUUCUUGAGGUGUCCAGUAUGGCCUUUCUCACUGGACUCAUCAACCAGGCCAGCCUGAACAUUUCCAAAUCGGCCCUGGUGGCGAUUGGACAGGUGGAAUCCCGCCACAACACCUGGGCUUUGAUUGAUGCAUGGGACGUGAACCCCUUCUCUGGACCCUCGGACACCAUCUAUCCCUACCCGAACCAGAUCCUGGAUUCAACCAACACAUUCAUUGUGGACGGCAGCUGUCCCUCCAUCAACCCGAUCUACCCUGAUCCUCGCCAGAACCUGCCUCAGCUGUCGUUCAACAAGACCGGGACCACUGGAACUCCCGGCUCAGAGAUUCAGAUCGUCUUCAAGCAAGCGGACAAUCAGCCUAGCUUUGAUGCCGAUACCGACUACUAUGCUGUCUUCUAUCACGGCUUGGACACGAUCAGUGUGCCGUUCGAUACCAGUUCCAACACUACUACAAUCCCCGCCGAAUUCGACAAGGAAGCUAGCAUCAUUAUUGUCAACAUUGCGGAUGAGAAAGGUGCUCCUACCCAGGAGAGUGUUGUUGCUGGGCCGUUGAUUAUUUUGGAGCAGCCGGGAGACUUGACUUUGGAGAUUAACACUGCUUAAAUGGAUUAAAUUAUGUACCAUAGUCUUUCUUUUCUAUUGACAUACACAGCCCUUGCACUCUUAUGGUGUAUUGUUCUCUAAAUGUAUACCUUCCAAGCAGCACACAGAUAUUAUUAGAUUUAUAACAUUUAUUAUAUCUUAUAAUGUCUUGCUUCUUAGGAAGUUUGGUAAAACCCUAUAACUAUUUUAUUUAAUAUGAGC